CCCCCAUUUAGCAAUUUAUAAUAAUAAAUUUAAUAUAGACCGUCCUUGUAUCACCGAAGCCCAGCCCAGCCCAGCCCAGCCAAUUUAUAAUAUUGACUUAUUGUUAAUCUCCUAACUGUGUAGUACAAAUGUACAAUGGGUUUUUAAAGUCAAAGUUGUACUACAAAUCUGGAGAUUGUAUGAUCGCCACACAAAUUAAACUGGAGUUAAAUUAAUGAAUAAAAUAAUAUAAAUGUAAUAUCAACUGAUGAAGACAUUCAUUCAUGCAAACAGGCAUAUGAUAUCCAUGUUUUAUAGACUUGUAGACAUUGAGAGGGGACAGAGGUAGAAGUGGAAUAAGGAGAUACAAUGACUUUGAUCUGUUCUCUCAUAUCUCUCAAGUCAACUUGUUUUGUUAUAAUCCUUACACUCAUUCUUUCUCUCCAAUUCAUCUUGAUCGACGGCCAUGGAGGCAUUAGUCAUAAUGAUCACGAUGAUGGCCCAGUCAGUCACGACGACUCCAGUAAGAAGAACGAUUCGAGGAAUCUCAUCAUAGUAAAAAUAUGGUGUCUAGUGAUAUUCUUAGUUAGUACUUUUGCAUUUGGAGUCUCCCCUUAUUUCUUACGAUGGAAUGAGAACUUUCUCGUUCUUGGGACUCAGUUUGCAGGAGGAGUCUUCCUUGGAACAUCAAUGAUACAUUUCUUAAGCGAUGCCUCUUCUGUUUUUAAGAAUCUCACAUCCCUUGAAUACCCAUUUGCUUUCAUGUUAGCUUGUGCUGGAUACGUCCUUACCAUGUUUGGGGAUUGCAUAGUUAUGUAUGUUGCCAAGAAAAGCGCCGGGAAGAAAAGGGUGGGUGUAGAAGGAAAUAGAGAUGAGGAGCAGCCAGAGAAAGAUGAAGAGGUGGAGCAUAGCCCAAUCUUCAUAAGCACUGCAUCAGUUGGGAACACCGUUCUUCUCAUAGUCGCUCUUUGUUUUCAUUCAAUUUUUGAGGGCAUUGCUGUUGGUAUUGCAGAUAAUGAAGGAGAUGCAUGGAAGAAUUUAUGGACAAUAACACUACACAAAGUUUUCGCGGCAAUUGCAAUGGGGAUUGCCCUCUUAAGAAUGAUUCCAAAGCGGCCAUUUGUGGCAACUGUGGCCUACUCUUUCGCCUUUGCGAUAUCGAGCCCUAUUGGUAUAGGGAUUGGCAUAGCCAUUGAUGCAACAACUGAGGGUCGGGUAGCUGAUUGGACUUACGCCAUUUCUAUGGGAUUUGCAACUGGGAUAUUCAUCUAUGUUGCUAUUAAUCAUCUCAUUUCUAAAGGGUAUAAGCCACAUUCCUCUUGUUACUUUGACACACCGUUUUAUAGGUUCUUUGCUGUUCUUCUCGGGGUUACUGUCAUUGCAGUUGUCAUGAUUUGGGAUUAAGUAUUCGCAGAAGUCAUACCACCACGUACAGCAGUAAAUAUUUUUCAUCUAAACUUUCUUCAUUGUUGAGCUAAUCAAAGCAAAUUUCACGUUAAAAACUUUGUUUUGUUGUUUAGAUGCUUUAAACUAUUACAUGUUUGUUCA